AACCGCGGCGGGCUGGUCCAAAGUCCAAACCACGAGGCAACUCACAAUAUUACUACUCACUCAUUCAUCAAAUCUACACCUUCCCUCUUCCCACCAAACUCAACUACCAUCCCCCACCACCACCGUGCACGGCGGCGUGUGGUGGAACUUCGGGAUCACCUCUCUGCUAGUUUACAAAGAGCUGAUCAUCAAGUUCCGGAGAUCGAGGAGAGGUAAAGAGAGAGAGAGUGGGGGAAAAUGGGUCAAAGCCAUAGCUGCACCAAUCAUCACCACAACAGCCAUGAGAAGGGUAGUGUUGCUGCACUGUUUGGUGCAGUUGCCGAUGGUGAGUUGGAGAUUGUUGAAGCUAUGUUGAAGGAACACCCUUCUCUCUUAGAACACUCCAAUGGCCGUGCAAAGUUGUCACUUCUUCAUGUAGCUGCUGCCAAUGGGAGAAUCCAGGUUCUUUCUAUGUUGCUGGAGCGAGAUGUUAAAGCAGACAUCUUGAACCGCUAUAAACAGACUCCAUUAAUGUUGGCUGCGAUGAAUGGAAGGACUGGUUGUGUAGAAAAGCUUAUUCAAGCUGGAGCUAAUAUAUUGAUGUUUGACUCUUCGCGACGACGAACAUGCUUGCACUAUGCUGCUUAUUACGGUCAUGCAGAUUGCCUUAAGGCUAUUCUUUCUGCUGCUCAUUCCACACCUGUUGCUGAUUCAUGGGGAUUCGCCAGAUUCGUGAAUAUAAGAGAUGGAAAUGGUGCCACCCCGCUGCACCUUGCUGCUCGUCAAAGGCGGCCUGAGUGUCUCCACGCCCUUUUGGAUACUGGGGCUCUUGUUUGUGCUUCAACUGGUGGAUAUGGUUACCCUGGGAGUAUGCCGCUUCAUAUGGCUGCCCGUGGUGGCUCCAUGGACUGUGUCCGGAUGUUGCUUGCUUGGGGAGCAGAUAGGCUGCAAUUAGAUUCUUCUGGGAGAAUACCAUUCACAGUUGCUCUUAAGCACAAGCACAAGGCAUGCGCUGCCCUUCUUGAUCCUUCAUCAGCAGCGCCGCUUGUUUGGCCGUCCCCGUUAAAGUUCAUCAGCGAGCUCAAUCAGGAAGCAAAGGCUUUACUGGAGAAGGCCUUGCUAGAAGCUAACAAGGAGAGAGAAAAGACUCUGUUAAAGGAGGCGGAUAGACUGCCAUCAAUAUUGCAUUCAGAAAGCAAAGAUGAUGAUGAUAUUGCUUCCGACUCUGAGGAAAGCAAUCUGGAAUUAUGCUGUAUAUGUUUUGACCAAGCAUGUACAAUUGAGGUCAGACCUUGUGGCCAUCAAAUGUGUGCUCAUUGCACCCUUGCACUUUGCUGCCACAAGAAGCCCGAUCCAGCCACGACUUGUGCCCCCGGUCCUGCUUGUCCAUUUUGCCGAGGCACCAUUCUUCAAUUAAUUGUUGCUAAAAUCAAGAUUAGCAGUGAAACAGAAGCCGAGUCCAACCCUACAAAGCCAAGAAGGUCUAGAAAAUCAAAUUUCAGUGAAGGGAGCAGCAGCUUCAAGAGUUUGUCAGCCAUGGGCUCCUUUGGAAAGAUCGCUGGGCGCAAUUCAGGAAAGAUUGAGGCCGAAAAGCAAUGAGAGGGGAUUGCUUAGCAUCGAUAAGGGUGUUAUUUUUUGGGCCUCCAUGACAGAAGGAAACUGUUAUGAGUGAUGGGUCUACACAUGCUGGGGAAUAGCUACAUUAAGUAUUAAAUUCGAGUUCAAUUUUUUCGCCUUGUCUGAUGGAUCAUCGCUAAGAUCAUGCAAGACAAUAGGUGAGCCGAAUUCUUGAAUGGUGUGUUUGAGUCUUUGUAGUCUAAUAUUCAGUUGGCUGCACUUGGGGCACCAGGAAUUUCUGUUUUUUUCUUUUACUUUUUUUUUCACCAAAUUAUAAAGUAUAGUAUUCAUGAUAUUAAGGUUAUUAAUAUGCCCUGAAGUUGAAGCUCCAUUGUGGUAAACCUCUAUGGAUUUGUAAUAGUAAAAAACAGAUUGUAUUCAUUCAUCACCCUUGUGGGUGGAAGAAAAGUUUUCACCUGAA